GAUUUUACUAAGCACUUGUCCGUUGAGACGUUCUUUGUCUUUCACCUGGAUUGUUCGGUUUGGGUCCCUGAUUCUUCCCAGAUCUCAGCUUCAGGGAGAUCUCUCCAGCAUUUCCAGGGUUCAGAGCCAAUCUGGUAUUGCAUUGCUGCAAAACAAGCACAACUCCACCCUGCUGAGGCGAGGAUAAAUGCCGACAGAGCACCAACUAGGGUACACGGCUACGCCGGCCAGGCAAUCCGAUGAGGGCGCCUUCGUCAAGGGCCAAUGGCUUUGCAAUUGCCAACCCCGUCUUCCCGCAAUCCAGUUCCAAGUGAAACGCGAAACCAACAACAAAGGCCGUUGGUUCUACACGUGCCAAAAGGACCGCACCAGAGGCCGCGCCGGCUCGCCAGAAAAAUGCAACUUCUUCCUCUGGGCGGAGGAUGCGCGACCCCGCGAGGAGGCAGCCUUGUUUGGUGUAGGCGGCGGUGGCGAUAAUUUGAAAGUACCGAAGACGCCGAGUAAAAGGCUCAAACAGACGACGCUGAGCGCUAGCGUGACGCCGAGGGCGGAGGGGCCACGCGGUGGGAAGACGCCGAUUACGCCGGUCGGGGAGCUACCCGUAGUGAUGGCGGGCGCGAGCGGGGGCAGUAGUGCGACGUUGAGGGCGAGUGACGGGAGCCAUGCCAGUGCGGCUCCGGGACUGGGCGCGAAUGAGUUUGGGGAUGAUAUGUCGGCAGGUGAGGAGGAAGAGCUGUUUCGUAUUGUAGAUGCCGCAUCGUCGCGGGGGAGUGCGCAGCAACAGAAGCCUGCUGCUGUUAGAACUGGGUCGAAGCGAAAGCGGACCGAUGAGGAUGAGGAUGAGUUUGGGGAUAUGUCGUCGGAUGAGGAGAGGCAGCUGGCUGUAAUUACCGACAGCUCGAGCCAGCGCCAGGGUCAGAGUUCGCAACAGGGGGCGAAGAAGGAUACGUAUGCGACGCCGACUGCCGCCCAGAAACAUGAUGAUACCACGGUUUUUGGCUUGCCCACGCCGGCGCUUACGGAGAAGCCAGUCCGUCGGGUCUUGUUUGCGGAACCCCCCGAGGCACAGCAGGUCCAUUCAAAGCGGCAGAGGCUUGACGGUGCUGGUCGGUCCACGUCACCGACUUCAACGCCCGUGUCUUCCCAAGAAGAGCGUUCCAACCCCACGACUCCGGGAUCGGGAGUGGCAGGACACCUCUACGAAGAAGGCAUGAGCGCCGUCGAAGGCGAGAAGCUGUCCGAUACUGGGCUGGGCAAAUUGAAGGCAGUGCUGAGACGACACGACGCCAAGGCCAAUGGGCUUGAGCGGGGCCGGGACGCCGCGAGGCAGGCUCAUAAGAACGAGGUGGCGAAAAAUGCCAAGUUGCAGGAAAAGAUUACCGAUUUGGAGAACCAGAUUAGGGCUAUUGCCGAGGCGAGGAAGAAGAUGAAGUCCGGCAUGAUGAACCUUUGGCAUGAGGUUUAGUGCAGGGUAUGCGUGCUGCGGUAUAGCACGGCUGCGUGGUCAAGGGACAGUGAGAUCUCACUACCUGGAGAGAGGAGCCUGCUUUGGGCAUACUGCGCAGAUGGUUCGAUGGUUUAGAAUGAGAAUACCCAGUUAGUUAGGUGGUAAUGAAUACCUUAAUCAGCGGUCUUUUCACGGCGGUCAGUGACUCACUGAGGCAAUACAGGACAGGAUAUUGAAGGUGUGUGC